AUGGCCUCGGCACUCCCAACCUUCCCUAGACUGGUGUUCACCGUCUUCGAACCCAUAUCGCUCGCCGCUGGCUUCCUGGGAGCCGUUAUCGACCCGGAUUGGUUUAUAUCCGAGCAGAUUGCUCCGGCCGCAACUGCCGGACUGCCAGCCCCGGCCUCGGACAAUGACCGGCUCGUUGCUCUCCAGCUGGGCAACAUCUACCUUCUCAUGGCCAUGGUCGGUUUGGCUGUGCUCAACUCGACAAGCGAGCUGAAGGUGGUGAGAAGCUAUCUCGUCGCUCUUUGGAUCGCCGACCUCGGACACAUCUUCGUCUGCUACUAUGCCAUGGGUCUCGACCGCUUUGUAGAUGUUGCGAGUUGGAACUCUAUGACUUGGGGCAACGUGGGAGUUACGGCUUUCCUUUGCUUGACCCGGUCGGCUUACCUUCUAGGGUGGUUUGGGCCAGAUUCGCAAGCCAAGAUAUCAGCCAAGAAACAGCAGUAG